AAUGGAAAUGAAAUAGUUUAUUUUCACAAUAAUAAUACUUGGAUCAUAAAAUUUCAAAAGGAAAACUGCAAUUAGAGCAAGUAUGAACUAAUUUAAUUUUAGUUUCAAAUAUCUAGAAAUAUUAUUUCAAUUAGGCUUAUAAGGAAAACAAACCAAUAAAAAUUUUAAUGAAAUUCAGGUAAUGAG